AUGAGCAGCGGCGGCUCCCUUCACAUCGUCGUGCUCCCAUGGUUAGGCUUCAGCCACCUCAAUCCGCUCCUCGAGUUGUCCAAGCGCAUCGCCCGGCUCGGCCACCGCGUCUCCUUCCUCUCCACUGCAACCCUCAUCCAGAGCAUGGCCUCAUCCCCCUCAGACAUCCCCCCACUCUUCCUCUUUGUCCCCGUCGACUCCCCGGACUUCGAUCCUGCCGACCGGAACUUGAAGGCCUUCCAGGAGUUCCUCUCUCGCUUCCUCGACACCGCCUCCCCUCCCCCGGACUGGAUCCUCUUCGACGCCUUCACUUACUGGGCCCCCCGCGUCGCCGCCAGGCACGGCGUGCCGUCCGCCUACGUCAACCUCGUCGGCGCCGCCGCCAGCGCCUUCAUCUGUCCGUUCUUCGCAGCGGCUGCCAACGGGAUGGCCUCCCGGGUGACGCUCGACGAGCUCACCGCACCGCCCGACUGGGUGCCGUUCCCAACGUCGAUGACCUACCGCCGCUUUGAGGCCCGGCAGGUCCUGCGCGACGUGUUCGAGCCGCAGGCCACGGGCGCCGCUGAGGACAAUCAGGCCGGCGCGUCGGUCCGGGACUGCGAUGUCGUUGCAAUGCGGAGCUGCCCCGAGCUCGAGGGCGAAUGGCUCGAGCUCCUCCAGCGGCUCUAUGGGAAGCCGGCGCUCCCCGUCGGCCACUUUCCUCGCAGCCCCACCGCAGAAGACAACAGCAAUGCAGCGGGCAGCGACAGCAUCUUUGAGUGGCUAGACAACAAGGAAGCUGGUUCGCUGGUCUUUGUAGCCUUUGGAAGCCACGUUCGGUUUAUGAGCACAGAACAAGCGCACGAGAUCGCCCAUGGAUUGGAGCUUUCCAAGCUGCCCUUCCUCUGGGCCUUAGACCCCAGCGGCCCGGAGGGGCAGCUGCCCAAGGGUUUCGAGGACCGGACGCGAGACCGAGGACUGGUGUUCAAGGGCUGGGCCCCUCAGGUGAGGAUCUUGGGGCACCCCUCGGUGGGGGGGUUCAUGACUCACUGUGGCUGGAGCUCGCUCGUGGAGGCUCUCCAGUAUGGGCUCGUUCUCGUUUUGCUGCCCUUGUUCGACGACCAGGGGCUCAAUGCCCGGCUGAUGGUGGACAAGAAGCUGGGGAUGGAGGUUCCGAGGAACGACGAGGACGGGUCUUUCGCUCGGGAAGACGUGGCUGGGACGUUGAGGUUGGUAAUGGUGGACAAAGAGGGGGAGGAGUGCAGGGUCAGAGCAAAAGAGAUGGGUGGUGUUCUUGGGAACGAGGAGGUGGAGGACCGGCACCUGAAGAAUUUUGUCGAGUACCUUAAGGACAAUGGGCGCCGAGCGAGUAAGGCCCCUUUGGCUGAGGCUUAA